AUGUACCCUCCAGUUCCGACCGCCCUCCCACGAAUUAUCCCCAAAGGCGGAACCAUCAUCGAAGGGGAAUUAGUCCCAGAAGGUACCGUUGUCGGCGUGCAUCAGAUGGCAAUCCAUCGCUCCGAAGCUCUUUUCUACAAGGCAAAUGAGUUCCGACCUGAGCGCUGGCUGGGCGAAGAUCCAGCAUAUCAGAACGACUGCCUCGCGAGCAUCGAACCUUUCUCCACGGGUCCACGAAAUUGCAUAGGCAAGAAUCUCGCCUGGCAUGAAAUGCGAUUGAUCUUGGCGACGACUUUGUACAAUUUCGAUUUGCAUCUUUGUGAGGAGAGUGAAGGCUGGGAAAAGCAAAAGGUCUACACGUUUUGGGAAAAGAUUCCGCUCUGGGUCACAUUGACUCCGGCGCAGCAGGAAGAGUAA